UAUUUUACAGGUUUGGACUGUUUGUUAGACAUUUAAAGAAGUUAUUUAUAAGCUGCAGACGUGCCAGGCAGCAAAUACGAGUGAUUUCCAACACAAACACUCUUCAGACAGAAUCAUUCAGGUGUCAUUUCACCUGCGUUUCUGGGAUGUUCUGAGAGGUUGAGCCGUUCCAGAAUGAGUCCAGCUGAAGGUUUUAUUACUUGAACUUGAACUUUUAAGUUCACGAAUAAUUUCAAAUUCCAACCAACUGUGAUUCAUUUGUGUCAAAUACUGAAUCCUCUCUGGAACCGAGGUGAGUCGCCUGCUUACAAAACAUAAAUUACAAGUUCAUUCACAGUUUCAGUGUCGCAGAAGUCUCAAACUAAAUACUGAAAUAUUUGUACUUUAAUUAUAUUUUUUAGGACUGCCACUGUCGUAGUGACGUUAUGUUUCUUGUUAUACUUUUACAAUGCCAGAGUGAAGUAGACGACCUGUUGAACCUCCUUCUUGAUUUAUUUCAAACUGUUUUACUAUGUUUACUAUUAAAUAGGAAGCUGAUUUUCACUGUCAUGUAAUUUCGGGGUUUCAAUGAUUCACGUCUUUCAUCUUUUGGGGUUUCAUUCCAGCAUGUUUCUGAGAAGUCUUAAUCGUUGACAGUGGAUUGGGAUGUUCGGUCUCGGUUGACCUCUGACCUGUAUGUAAACGUCACCUCUUCUUCACCUCCUCUGAGACCUUCCUGUUAUAUUUCCCUGCAGAGCUGCAGCAGCCUGAAUGUUUCGUAGUCUGUCUCAGCUUGUUUCGGUAAAAACUCCUCCGGGUUUUCGUUCCCUUCACUGAGCAGCAUUUGAAUAUUUAACCUGUGAUGAUUCCCCUCACUGUCUUUUCUUCAAUAUCCUGCAGCGUGUUGGCCGUGUCCUCCUUCAGACAGAUGUCAGACCUGUCUCUCUCUCUCUCUCUCUCUCUCUGUCUGUUUAAUACUCUCUCGCUCACUCUCUCGUCCCAGCUGCAGUACAAAUCCUGGCUUUCCUCACAGCUCUAUUAGCUCUGCUCCACACAGCCGCUUCCACGUUCUGAGACACACCAAGGACAAGAGACGCACACACACACUUAGUCUCAUCACACAGCGACACACACUCACACACAAACACACACACACAGCUCUCCUGGAGCUCCAGCAAGAACCAGAGGAGGAGAAAAGAGGGUGGAAGAAUUUGGCCUCAAGUCCUGCAGCCGCCUUCAAACUUCUGUGAUGAGGUGGUGGCUGGUGGUGGCCAGUCUGUGGCUGCUGGUGACCCUGACCGUCCCGGACGCCCAGGCCAAGAACAGACCUCGCAACGAGGACGGGACUCGCCGGGGGAAGAGGAGGAAGGACGGAUAUGGUCAUGGGAGGGCCAAAGCCGGGCGCACUAGACCACUGAAGAUUAAACUUAUUCCUGGUCUCGGCAUCCCAGUGGAUCCUGAAAGAAAGUCUUUGUACCUGGAGUCGACCCCGCAAGAACAGCACUCCAGCUACAACGUUAUUCCAGGUAAGGAGGGCCAGUGUGUGUACCAGGGCCUGACCAUGUUCGACCUGGCCGUCUGGUCUCCAAAGCCCUGUGUGACUUGUCUGUGUACCGGAGGGCGGGUUGUUUGUGAUGAGAUCACCUGUCCCAUAACGCACUGCCAUUUUCCCUUCACCCCCGCCGGGGAGUGCUGCCCCGUCUGCAUGGAGUCAGACCAUGACCUCAGCCUUGACAUUUCUGGUGACUCCCCAGUUUACAACCACCGUGACAAGUCUGUGAUGCCAAUGACCCAAGAGGAGAUCCAGCGAAUCCUCUGGCGGGAGGAAGAGGAGCACCGCGAGGAGGAGGAACGCCUGAGGAGGAAGGAUGAGGCGAGGAAAAAGCGGAGGAAGCAGAGGAAGGAGCAGGCAGAGAUACAAAGGAAAAUAGUAGAGGAGAAGAGGAGGGAGGAAGAGGAAGCACUGAGGCUGCAGACAGUUAAAGAGGAGGAGGAGUGGAGGAGGCAGAUUGAGGAGCUUGAGAGGAAAAGACAAGAGGAGGAAGACAGGAGGCGAAAGGAGGCAGCAGAGAGACAAGCAUGGGAGCAGGAAAGGAAGCUAGAGGAGGAAAGGAGGAGGCAGGAGGAGAUAUUGAGGCAAGAAUUACUGGCUUUCGUCGAAGAGGAGGAUGAGGAUUGGUUGGAGGAGGUAGAGAAUAGACGGGAGGAGUUAGAGGAGCAGAGAGAGAAGGUAGAGGAGUUACGGGAGGACCGGCUAGAGGAGGUAGAGGAGCAGCGGGAGGACCGGCUGGAGGAGGUAGAGGAACGACAGGAGGACCCGCUGGAGGAGGUAGAGGAGCGGCGGGAGGACCGGCUAGAGGAGGUAGAGGAACGACAGGAGGAGCUGCUGGAGGAGGUAGAGGAGCGGCAGGAGGAGGUAGAGGAGCAGUUGGAGGAGCUGCUGGAAGAGGUAGAGGAGCGGCAGGAGAAGCGGCUAGAGGAGGUAGAGGAACGGAAGGAGGAGGAUGAAGAGGUGUGGCUGAGAGGAGAUGUGUUUCAGAUGCCCUCAAAGGAGCUUGAAGAACCCGAGGAACCAGACUUCCUCCCUGCUCCGAUCCCAAGACCUCCUGCUGCGACGGAGGACGAGUUGAGGGAGACAGAAGCAGAGGUGGAGGAGUUGGAGGAGGAUGGGGACGAGAGGGAGGUGGUGGUGGAGGACAGAAGAGGCCUCCCUCCAGGCUGCGACAUCUCUGAUGUCACGGUGACAUGCGACAACGCAAAACUGAUCCACUUUCCUCCUCUGGCCAUACCUGAGCUCAAAUCUCUCAGUCUGGAGGGAAACAACAUCAGCAGCAUCCCAGCUGAAGCCUUUAAUGGUAUCCCCAACCUGGAAUGGAUCAACCUGAAGAAAAACAAACUCACCUCUGCCGGCAUCGAUGCUAAAGCCUUUAAACGUCUGAAGAUGCUACGGCGUCUGUACUUGGACGGCAACCUUCUGGAAGCCGUGCCUUCAGGCCUUCCACCCACCCUCCAGGAGCUGAAGAUCAAUGAGAACAAACUGAGAAGAAUCCACAAAAACAGCUUCCGAGAUUUGAGCAGCCUCGUGAUUCUGGAGCUGGAGGCAAAUCUGCUGAGUGAGGGGAAUGUAGAUCCUCUGGCCUUCUCUCCCCUCAUCCAGCUCUCUUAUCUCCGACUGGGCAGAAACCACUUUCGCACCGUACCACAAGGCCUUCCCAUGUCAUUGCUGGAGCUGUAUUUGGAAAACAACCUGAUUGAGGAAAUCUCAGAGACAGUUUUCAAUCAGACCCAGAAUCUGAACAUAGUUUCUCUGAGACACAACAGGCUGGAUGAGACCAGGAUUGCCCCGAUGGCCUGGUUCAGCCACAGAAAUCUGGAGUCCAUCGACCUUUCACAUAAUCAGCUUUACCUGGUUCCAUCCUACCUACCCAGAUCUCUGGUGCAUCUAGUGCUGGUGGGAAACAACAUCGAGCGGAUACCAGGUUAUGUUUUUGCCCACAUGGACCCUGGUAUAGAGUACCUCUACCUCUCCUACAAUAAACUGGACGGGGAGGGAAUCGAACCCGAGUCGUUUUUCGGCUCGUACAACUCCAUGGUGGAACUGUGUCUGGACCACAACCAGCUGAUCACUGUGCCGUCUGGCAUCAACGAGAUGACCAACUUACACUUUCUCAGACUCAACAAUAACAAGAUCAGGAGUAUCCCUGAAGACAGCAUCUGCGACCCGAACCACAGUGGAGACGCCAAUCUGGUGGCCCUGAGGCUGGAAAACAACUACAUCGACCCGCAGAAGAUCUCACCGACAGCUUUUUCCUGUGUGCGCUCUUCCUCCAGUGUGAUCUUAAAACCCCAGAAAACCAAGUGACCUGAGUUCACACAAAACGAAAAAACUAAAAGACACUUGAAACCCUCAGAAACAUGAGGGCAAAGAUUUUGGGUUUUAAUGUGCCAAAAAAAAGUCAAACUAGAAGAUUUUUUUUUUUAUUGUCACCAGCCUCUCCUCAAACGUUAUGUUUCUUAAAUUACACUCAAAAUAAGAAAAAAGGAGGCUCUCACAUGUCUGAUGUAAAGGUUAAACAUGGAAAAAAAAAACUGUCAAAAGACAGUUUCUGCUGAUGUAAUAUGCCUUAUGGGAAUGUACUGCAGUGUCAUAUCCUUGGACUGAACCCUUCUGAGCUUCAUAAAGUAAGACUUUCUUCUUUUCUAACCCCAGUACACCGUUUAAGGUCUGGUAAGUAGAUUUGCAGUGUUGCCUGGCCCAGGUUAAACUGGUGUGAAGGUGACAGAACACCUUCAGACUUCAAAAUUAAACACAUCUGUCUUCUUUAAUGAAAUGUUAAACUCUCUAAAACGGAAAGAAUUCCAGCACCAUACACAGUAAAAUGAAAACGCCAAUAAAGAAAAUGGAAAGAAUUCUAUGAAGUGAGACCGCAAGCCCAGCACAUUAUUUUUAACAACCUCACUACCUUUAUGUUCCAUUUCUCAGCUCUAUUUCUUCCAGCGCUUCCUUUCACCCUGACACGAAAAAAAAAAGGACUGUAAGUAGUGAGAUCACAUGUGACACAUCGUUCAAGGACCUUGUGUUAAAGACUGAAACCAGUUAAAGGAGAGUUGUUGGCAAACUCUUCCUUCUUACCGAUAAAAAGACAGAAAAAGAUAGAGAAGCUCAUUUAUUCCUUUUGAAGGCUGGUCUGAACCAUCUGAAUAUCUUUUAAUGCGAAUAAUGUCUAUAAGAAGGCAAAAAACAAAACAAAAAACAAAUUGUGUCUUCUUGUGUGCACACGUAACUUCCUCUGGUGCAAAAAAAGCAGAUUUAUUCCUGAUGCUAGGCAGUCUCACUAUAUGGCGUAGGUUUUUCUUUAAAGUACAGUGUCAUAUUUUACCUGUUGAUGGCUCCAGGUAUCGAACUUGUAUGACUGGGUCAGAUUGUACUUUAAUGAUAUUCCCUACAGUAACAGUGACGCCGGGCCACACAUACUUGAAUAACUAUUACAUCCAGCUGACAUCUAUUUCCCUUUGUCUCAUUACUAAAUAUGAGACGAUUUCUCUGCAGCUGGUGUGUUUACGAGGCUUUGUGCGUUGUUGAGUCGCGAUCUCAGUUAGCAGAGUGUUUGAGGCUAUAGAGUUAAUGGAGGUGAGUAUGGCUGCAGUAUGUGGACUGUGAGGUCUGAGAAAGAGAAAAAUUCUGGGAAAACCCUCGAACAAACGCCUGUUUAUAGUGAAGGUCUUUCCAAGAACUCUCCUCAAGCAGAACAGAGGUGAGCUGAGGGAGGACCAACUGGCUGUGGAAGUAUUUUUACUACUAUAAAUUCCCAUUUUAAAAGUUUUCUUUCAAUUAUCUGCUCCAUAUACCUCAACACAGAAACAUAAUUCAACCAGACUGUGGCUCGAUGAACCUGUGUAACAACCUGUGUAACUGUGGCAUCAUGUAUCAAUAAGUCAACACUGACAGUGGAUGAAAGAAGGUUUCUGCAGCUUGGAAGAGUAAAUUCUUUAUGCAUGUGCAGAGAUGUUGAUUAAAUGCUCUUUCAGUACUUACAGAUGAUACUGUUGCUCUAAAGAGUAUUGAAUAAAGGUACAACUUGUCCAAAAAUCAUAGUCAAAUUUACGGUGAAGAACUUGUUAUAUGACAAAUACCAAAAAUGACUUGAAAAUUUGAUGAAUUUGAACUUUUGAAUUGAAAUUCAUCUGCCCUUCACUUUGCUCUUGGCUGGCCAACAAGCAUAAAUCACACAAAAUAAUGUUUAUCUGAUUUUAUAUACUACAGAUUAUCACAAUGUUACGGUGCAAAACUCAAAUAAACUUCACAAUGUUCCUAUU